AUGAGAAUUUUAUCCACAAUUAUAUCAUUUGCAUUGCUAUUUGGAAUUAAAUUUUCCGUAGCAAUAUUUGAGUGCCAUCCUCACAAAGUUAUAUGCGACAAGAACUGUGACCUCAGAUACGGAGGGAUGAGCAUUCUCAUCAAAAUGUGCCGUGCAGCCUGUUCAGUUUCUCAGUGUCUAGUGAAGAAUAAAAAUAUAUCUAUACAGGGCAAUGCUGAAGCUGCGAUUAAUAACAAAGAAACUAAUAACCCAUCUUUUAGGCCAGUAAAUGCAAGUUACAGCACGGACACACCCAUUCAAAAUGUGCCACCCCCAGUACCAGUCAAGGCACUUAAAUAA